CUGGGUAGCUUUAACAACUGUGGGAGCCUGAGGGAAACAUAUUGCUCUGAUUGCUGGUUAAUGGAGAGAAAGUGGGACUCGUGCCACAUGGCUUCUUGUUUUCUGGCUGAAACUGCUAGUGACAGUCUCAGAUUGGCAAAUGCUUGUCUUUAAGUUGUUUCUUAACUGACUGCUGUCCAGUUAAUCAGGAACAGAUUAGGUUUCUUUACCAGUUGUUGAAUUAUUGAACAUGCCACAGAGUCAGAUGGCAGGGUCCUUGAAAACUUGAUGGUGUUGUAUUACUACUGUGAAAUCGUGCUUUCUCCUCACAGCUAGAGGUGCUAUAAUAUAGUUUUUUUUAUCUUAGCUCUGAGUUCCAGGACUUUCAGAUAAUUGGCACCUAAACAUGGCCUGUUUUGCUCAGCUUAGUCCUUUCCUCUUUGCAAAAUGGGUAUUGAUAUAUUUUUUUUCUUUGAUAAGUAUGUGCUGGAUGUUUGUGAGGUGUGGUAGUUAUAACACCUUGUCUUGUUUUUGGUUUCUGAUAAAUUAUGGUCAGAUCCUGCUAAUCUGGUGGGAAGCGGGAUGGCGUUAGGCCUAGCUUGCAUAGUGCAGUUCUGCCAGCAGAGCUUUGAGAGUGCGCACACACAAAGUCCUCUGCAGCAACACAACCAUCUGAACAAGGAAAGCUUCUGCCAUUGCUGAGCAGGCAGUGGAAGGCAUGUGAAAAUGCACCUGCACUUUCAGCUGGUCACUGUGGUCCCUUUUGCAGCUGGUGCAUUCCCAGAGCGCACUUCCUCCUCCUCAGCUGCUGUGGAGGAGCUGUCCAAGGCAUGCAGGUUGUGGCUGUAGAUGGUAGAACACAAUAAUGUUCAGUGUCAUGAGGAAAUUGCCAGUAAAUGUUCUGACAGCUUCAAGUUGGUGCAAUGGGUAUGUACAUUGCAGGAGAACAAGGGUGAUGGUUAUAAAAGGACUAAAAGCACAAGCAUGCAGUCAAAAAAAUUACUGUUCUCUGCCAGAAGAUGUCAAAUCUCUGCGUUCGAUCAUCACACCACAUAUAUCUAAAAUCCGGAACAUUGGCAUCAUGGCACAUAUUGAUGCUGGGAAAACUACAACCACAGAGAGAAUGCUGUAUUAUUCUGGAUACACAAGAGCAUUGGGAGAUGUUGAUGAUGGGGACACAGUGACAGAUUUCAUGGCACAAGAGCGAGAACGUGGCAUAACCAUUCAAUCUGCUGCAGUUACUUUUGAGUGGAAGGACUGCAGAAUCAAUCUGAUUGACACACCAGGUCACGUGGACUUUACAGUGGAAGUUGAACGUUGCCUGAGAGUGCUGGAUGGUGCUGUGGCUGUCUUUGAUGCUUCAGCUGGUGUGGAGGCACAGACUUUGACUGUGUGGAGACAAGCAGACAAGCACUGUAUACCACGGAUUUGUUUUUUAAACAAGAUGGACAAAAAUGAAGCAGAUUUUGCCUAUGCUAUAGAGAGCAUCAAACAAAAAUUGAAGACAAAACCUCUGCUUUUGCAGUUGCCAAUUGGAGAAGCCAAAACUUUCAAGGGAUUGAUUGAUCUAGUGACCAAGGAACAAAUUAUUUGGAAACCCACUUCUAGUUCUGAUGAUGGAAAAGUUUUUGAACAAAAACCUCUGACAGAAACUGAUGAUCCUGUACUUUUAAAGGAAGCAAAAGAUGCAAGAAAUGCCUUAAUAGAACAAGUCGCAGAUCUCGAUGAUGAAUUUGCUGAGCUGGUGUUAGGAGAGUUUAGUGAAAAUUUUGACUUGUUACCAGCUGAUAAGUUACAAUCUGCAAUACGAAGAGUGACGCUGGCUCAGAAAGCAGUGCCUGUGCUAUGUGGAAGUGCAUUGAAGAAUAAAGGCGUACAGCCGUUACUGGAUGCUGUUGUUAUGUACUUGCCUGCACCUGAUGAAUGUUCCUAUGACUUCUUGCAAUGGUACAAAGAUGACUUGUGUGCCCUGGCAUUUAAAGUUCUUCAUGAUAAACAGCGUGGGCCUCUAGUUUUCAUUCGCAUUUACUCGGGCUCUGUGAAACCUCAAUCAGUUGUAUACAACAUUAACAAAAACUGCACGGAGAGAAUGAGUCGCCUUAUCCUGCCAUUUGCUGACCAGCAAGUUGAAAUACCUUCACUGACAGCUGGCAAUAUUGCCAUUACAGUUGGGCUAAAACAGAGUGCCACUGGAGACACCAUCGUUUCAUCCAAGUCCUCCGCUGUGGCUGCUGCCCGUCAGGCUGGAAGAAAUGUUGGGAGAAAGCAGAGUCAUAACAGUGAAGUAGCAAGCCUUCUGUUGGCUGGUGUGGAGAUUCCAGAGCCAGUCUUCUUUUGUACAAUAGAGCCACCUUCACUGACCAAGCAGUCAGACUUGGAUAAUGCCUUGACGUGCCUUCAGCGGGAGGAUCCAAGCUUAAAAGUGAAGAUAGAUCCUGAUACUGGCCAAAAUAUCCUUUGUGGCAUGGGAGAACUUCACAUUGAAAUUGUUCAUGACCGGAUCAAACGUGAAUAUGGAAUUGAGACCUAUCUGGGACCUCUUCAGGUAGCAUACAGAGAAACCAUCCUAAACUCAGUUCAAGCUACAGAUACACUGGACAGAACAAUAGGAGGUAAGCGGCACUUGGUGACCGUUCAGCUAGGAGUGAGUCCCUGGACAGGGGAGAGAACAAUACUACCAGUCAUUCAGUAUGCUGAAAAUUUCACUGAGCCACUUCAUCCAGAGCUUCAGGAAGCUAUAGAAAAUGGAAUUAGCAGUACGUCUCUUCAAGGACCACUGCUAGGAUUCCCAAUUCAAGAUGUAGCAGUGACUGUGUAUUCAGUGACUUUGCACCCUGAUACUUCUCUGCCAAUAGUGUCUGCUUGUGUUUCUCGUUGCAUGCAAAAGGCUCUGAAGAAAGCUAGUAAACAAAUGCUGGAGCCCUUGAUGAGCUUGGAAAUUACAACUAGUGAAGAUCAUCUCAGCACAGUACUUGCUGACCUUGCACAGAGGAGAGGCAACAUACAAGAAAUCCACACUCGCCAAGAUAACAAGGUUGUGGUUGCAGUUGUUCCAUUAGCAGAAAUAAUGGGCUACUCCACAGCUCUGCGCUCUUUAACAUCAGGCUCUGCAACUUUUACUUUGGAACUGGCCAAUUACCAAGCUAUGAACAUGCAAGAGCAAAAUGCAUUGCUUCAGAAGAGAGGGCUCGUGUGAUCAGCAGAAGAACAAAGAGUUACUUUAUUUUCACUAAAAUGUUACUUGGGGACACGUUUGACAAGCCUCCUUGCUGCCAAGUGGCUAUGGCAAAGAGUACGUGAUGUUAGCUGCUUUAGUAUUCCAAACUAUCCAGUGGAAGGUGUAAGGGGAAAAGAUAAGCCUGCUGUGGAAUGCUGGAACAGCUUCAUAGUUUAGAUGAUAUAAUUUAAAUAAAAUUCUUCCCCAAAAGCCAUUUAAGAAGAGCUGCAGUCUUGAAGACAACAUCCCAAGCCCCUACAAGAAAUGUUUCAUCUACAAAAAUAAACUUAACUAAUGGAAA